AGAGGUGCUUCACGUUGUUGUCAAAAUGAGAGCCUGAUGAGCUGAUGUCUCGCGCGAGCUCUCUGGCCGUUGAACCCGCGAAUGGCCUCAAGACCCGGUUGCUUAAUGCCCACAGUGAUAGAGACGAGUCGACGUGGUAUGAGGUGGAGCGCUUGUAUGUAGCAAAGGGAGAUACGCUAACAACCAGAAAGAACAAAAAGAAGAAACGUGCUCUAUGAUCUCUGGAUGACCCCUGGACCUUGUCAUUCGUCUAUCCCGUGUACCCUGAUGGCUGCCACGUGACCCACAGGAUGACCUUAAGUGAGCGGCUCCGCCAGAAGAUCUCUGAUACCUUCUAUCAGCACGGUUUACUAUGUGCCUCCUAUCCAAUUCCCAUUAUUCUCUUCACUGCUUUUUGUAUUCUUGCAUGCUGUUACCCACUUUUGAAACUACCUCUUCCUGGUACUGGUCCAGUAGAGUACACCACUCCUAUCCGAGAUUACAGCCCUCCUUCUGUUGACAAUAAGGGGGACCCAACUGAUCGUCCUGAUUGGUACCUAGGACCACCAGUGGCCUAUAUACAGCAAAUCUUAGUCAAAGCUAUUGUGUCUCCAUGGGACAAAAAUCUUAUUCCUGUUGAUGUGUUCCGCUCACCACUGUCCCGGGUCUUUCAGCUGGUGGAGGAGAUCCGCAACCAUGUAUAUAGAGACAGUGCUGGGUCUUGCAGUUUGGAGGAGGUCUGUUUGCAGGUAACAGAUUUGCUGCCUGGUCUUAAGAAGAUCCAGAAGCAGCUGCCUGAGCAUGGCUGUCUUAUCAUAUCACCUGGAAACUUCUGGCAAAAUGAGCGAGAACGAUUUGAUUCGGAUGCUGACAUAAUUGCUACAGUCCAUCAGUAUGAACCAAAGGGUCUACAUACAUCUGCCACCAUUAAGGACCUCCUGUUUGGAGUUCCAGGCAAAUACAGUGGUGUGAGCCUUUACAACAGAAAGCAUGUUGUUGCCUAUACUAUCACAAUUGUCUUUCAGCAUUACAAUACCAAGUUCCUCAGCAGCCUCCGUUCCCGGUUGAAGAGUCUUCACCCUAGUAUAAAUUGUACUUUGAGGGAAGAUCAAAUGGUACAUGUACACUUCAAAGAAGAGAUUGGCAUUGCUGAACUUAUCCCCCUCGUCACUACGUACAUUAUCCUCUUUGCUUACAUCUACUUUUCCACAAGAAAAAUUGAUAUGGUAAAAUCGAAAUGGGGCUUGGCUCUUGCUGCUGUUGUGACCGUUCUCAGCUCUCUGCUAAUGUCUGUUGGACUGUGCACUUUAUUUGGCCUCACUCCAACUUUAAAUGGGGGAGAGAUUUUCCCAUACCUAGUUGUUGUGAUUGGACUGGAAAAUGUCUUGGUGCUCACCAAGUCUGUGGUUUCCACGCCUGUUGACUUAGAGGUGAAGCUCCGGAUAGCGCAAGGUCUGAGUAAUGAGAGCUGGUCCAUCAUGAAGAACAUGGCAACAGAACUGGGAAUCAUUAUAAUUGGUUACUUCACCCUUGUUCCUGCAAUCCAGGAGUUUUGUCUCUUCGCUGUGGUGGGACUUGUGUCAGAUUUCUUUUUGCAGAUGUUUUUCUUUACUACAGUCCUCUCCAUUGAUAUUCGACGUAUGGAGUUAGCUGAUCUGAAUCGACGUCUGCCUGCUGAAGCUUGCCUUCCUCCUGCCAAGUCCUCUACACUCCGAGCACGAGAUUCACAGCAAAGAUGCGAGAGACAGACAGCACUGCGAACUUCAACUCCCCAUACAAUUACGCUUCAGCCAUCCUCUUUUCGGAACUUGCGCCUCCCGAAGAGAUUGCGUGUCAUUUAUUUCCUUGCAAGAACACGUCUUGCUCAGCGUAUUAUUAUGGUGGGCACUGUGAUCUGGAUUGGGAUUUUGGUAUACACAGAUCCUGCUGGACUGGGCACAUAUCUAGCUGCUCAAGUGUCAGAGCAGAGUCCUCUGGGCGAUGCAGGGCUGCCUCCAUUGGCUGUGCCUCCUGUCUUUCCUGGUGGGGCUCCAGAAAGUUCUUUGAAUGUGUUGCCACCUUCUGAUCCAACCCCAUUUUUGGAGAACAAAUCACAAGACGAUCAACAGUUUGUGUGGAACAUUCCCGCAGGCCAUGUUUCAGCACCAGACAUUGCUGCUGGCCCAGAGAUUUCUUGGAGCCCUGGAGAAGAGGAGAUUUGGAGAAAGUUAUCCUUUCGACACUGGCCUUCACUCUUUGGCUAUUAUAAUAUCACCCUGGCUAAGAGAUACAUCAGUCUCUUGCCUGUCAUUCCUGUUUCCCUUUACUUGAACACACAAGAGGCCAUAGAGGCUCGACAUCCUCAGGACACAAGACGCUUCAUUCCUCCCAUCCCAGGAUUUGACAACAGAGUGGAUCAGCUGCCUAGUAAACCACAAGUUCAGUCUGAUUUUACUCUGUACAAAGUAGCAGCCCUUGGCUUGGCAGCAGGAGUUCUUCUUGUGCUACUUCUCUUCUUUCUGUAUAGAAUCCUGUGCCCCAGAAAUUAUGGUCAGAAUGGCAUGUCACAUGGGCGGAGACAUCGAGGAGAACUACCCUGUGAUGACUAUGGCUAUUCUCCUCCAGUCAGCGAGAUCUCUCCUCUUCUACUUCGUGGGCACAGCAUGGAUAUUGAGUGCUUGGCCAGUGACGGGAUGCUACUAGUCAGCUGCUGUCUGGCAGGACAAAUUAGAGUAUGGGAUGCCCAGUCUGGAGACUGUCUCACAACCAUUCCCAGUCCAGGGUUACGCAGGAAUAGCAGUGAAGUAUGGGAGCACCAAGCGACUUGGGAAUUGGGGGUAGAAUUGGAGAACAGUUUUUGUGGAACAGAAGAAAACCUUGAUAGUGCUAUUGCUGAGUAUCCUUUAAGGAGAAGACAAAUUCCUUCACGCCUGACCCUUUUUGGAGACCAGCCAGAUCUAACUCCCCUAAUUGAUACUAAUUUUUCAGAGCAGACCUCCCAUCCAAUACGUAAAGCCAGUGAAGGGUUGGAUGGAUUUGACUAUGGAGAAGUAGUCCAACAGGCCUACCAGGAGCCAAAAUCAAUGACCUGCCCGCAGGCCUUUCCUAGCUCUCCAACACUUUCUUCAGCAGUCAGACGCCAUAGUUUGGGUGAUGACUCUCUGUCUAGUCCAAGCAGAGUUCCUAGUUUGACACCUUCUUGGCCUGGAGAUUGGGAGAGUUCUGUCUGGGCUUUGGAGCUGCAAGGCAAUUUGAUAGCUGUAGGGCGUAGCAGUGGAAAACUGGAGCUCUGGGAUGCAGUGGGAGGCACCCUACGUUGCAGUAAUGAGGAAGGACUAUCUGGAAUCACAGCAUUGAUCUUCCUCAGUAACCGGAUUGUUGCAGCAAGGCUGAAUGGCUCUUUAGAUUUUUUUACUCUAGAUGUGAACAAACCCUCCACACUGUUGCAGCACAGAGGGACUCCUAUACGGAAUAGCAUGACACAUUCACCUUGUUACAGCAGUGAUGAUGUCAUCACCUGUCAUUUGACUCAUGUUAUACAGUGUGCCCACCAGAAGCCAAUUACUGUUCUGCGUGCAGCAGCAGGGAGGGUGGUAACCGGCAGCCAAGAUCAUACUGUGCGGGUGUACAGACUUGAGGACUCAUGCUGCCUUUUUACACUUCAGGGACAUUCUGGGGGAAUCACCUCCAUCUACAUUGAUCAGACAAUGGUUUUAGCUAGUGGGGGCCAGGAUGGUGCCAUUUGCAUCUGGGAUGUCUUGACGGGCAGUAGAGUCAGCCACAUGUAUGGACACAGAGGAGAUGUAACAUCACUCAUCUGCACCACUACAUGCAUAAUCAGCAGCGGCCUGGAUGACCUCAUCUGCAUAUGGGACCGAAGCACGGGGAUUAAACUGUACUCCAUUCAGCAGGAGGUGGGCUGUGGAUCAAGUCUUGGUGUUAUUUCUGAAAAUUUGAUGGUAACUGGUGGCCAGGGAUGUGUAUCUUUCUGGGAUCUGAACUACGGUGACCUGCUGCAGACUGUGUAUCUGGGCAAGUGCAACGAGGGCCAGGGAGUCCGGCAAUUGCUGGUGCUUGACAAUGCAGCUAUUGUCUGCGAUUUUGGGAAUGAGCUGAGCCUUGUGUAUGUGCCGUCUGUGCUGGAGAAACUCGACUAAGGACAAUAGAAGGGAGCCUAGCAGUUUGCCAGAUACUGGUGAUGUGGAAGCUGCCGUGCUGAGCCGCUCGGGUCAACAUGUUUACAGAGAGAAAGCUGCCAUUCAUGUACUCUUCUCUGCUGGAGACAGAAGAAGUGCUUCUCUCCCCACUUUAUCUACUGAUGUUGUGAAUGUCUAGUGAAGCUAGUAGGUUGACACAUGGCUGUUCUUAGACUUCCCACUGAUUCUGCCUUUUGUAAUCAUUAUUUUGAGGUAGUAAGGCCACCGUUCAUGGAAGCCUUUGCCUCUCAGUUAUAGAAAUAGGUUUAGAGCAAAGUGCAAUGCUUUUACUUAAUUGCAAGAGUGCAGGAGUUGUUGAGGUGGCACCACCAGCAAUUCAAAAUAAUCUCAAGUGGGUACAGCACACACAUCCCUCUGCAGCAUUGGGUCAUGUCAUUUACUAGACUGUGGGGUGUAAAGAGGAAACAGCUAGGCCAUAAACAAUAUUCUGUGCUUGUUAUAAGAGUCUUGUUUUACAUCAUCUUUGUGGAUUUUUAUAUUUUUAUUAUGGUGCCUGAUAAUCCAUGGUGGUGUCAGAGUCGGAGACUUUUAAUCAUGUGCCUGGCACCACAUGAAACAAAACAUGUUGCCUUGUAAUUCUGUUCUGCAGGGUAGUCCUCGAUUAAAGCCUUUAUAAAAUUGCUGGCUUUUUAUUGGGGAGUUUGUAGUCUCCCUCUGUUUUCUCCUGCAUACCAACUGGGAGUGUGUGCUUUCCAAAGCAAAGGCAGUGAUAGUCGGUGUCUUGCCAGAGAAAACUCAUUGCUGCUGGCCUGUAAAGAGAAAACUGGAGACACAAGAAAAGAUAUAAGAUUGUUAAAGCAUGUGAUGAAUAUUUCUGACAUGCCCAAAUGCAUCUAGCAUUGAAAGUCCUGAUAUGCUAGCUGUACUAUAUGUAGGCUAGAAUGUCAUGGCUGCUGAUAUAAGCAGUUCCUUAGAGUGCCAGUGGUGACCUUAGAGAAAGUGAGCUAGACUGGAGGAUACCAUGGAAUGAAUGUAAAUCAGCAAAGGUGUCUGUUAUUGCACUUAGAACUCAAAUAUUACACUGGGCAGCUUGAGUAAGUUCAGAUCAUCUUAAGUCGUUUUUGUUUUUCUGCUUCUUAUAUUUUUAGUUAAAUUUGAAAAGUGUGUCUGUCUUUUUUUUUUUCUACUUUUAAAUGAGGGGUGUCCUGGAGAGCUUUACUGUGGGUAGCGUUAAUUGCAGCCAAUUUACUUAUCUUGUCAGGCUCAUUUAAUUAUCCGCUACGUUUCUUUUUCUUCAUGGCUGCACUCAACCUUCUUCCUUUGACUUGAUUCCUAAAAGAAUCCUUUGAGCAAAUUCUGCAGCAAUUUAGGCAAACACCUCAUUGGAUGGUUUUUAACACUAGAAUUACCAGAGUCUACGAAAAAACUCAUAGAUCCGGCUCACCUUAAAACCAUUCGCACCUCUCUGCCAGCGUCCUUUGUCCUUCUAAAUGUGCCGAUAAAAACAAGCUGCAAGCAGGCGGCUAUUCCAUCCUCCCACUGACUUAGAACGUGCACGAGCAUCUCCCAGUUCAUGCCUUGAUUGAUUAUCUGGGAGUGAAGUGGUGUUUUAGAGUGGAAAUAAUAGAUCAUUAUUUGGAACACACGCAUUUCAUGUGUGUUCCGUUUCUACAGUAAUCUGUGUAAACACAUUGUUAAAACAGAAACUUUUUCAUAUUUUAGUAAUAAAUGUUACAAAAUGUAGGCAUAAACUAUAGAAUGUGUGAAGCAUGAAGUCCAAACAUCAAAUAAACACCUUCACAAAAGGUUCAAGAACAAUACAACAGCUUCCGCGGCGUAGCGGUAAGAUUUGCUGUCUCAGAGCGCAGCAAGCUUACUGUCCUUCAAAGACCUGAGUUCGACUCCCCGUUGAGGAGAAAGUGUUAUUUUUUUUUUCUUUUUAACCUCAAACGGAUAUAAAAUUUAUAAAUUGGUAUGCACUGUCAGUUAAUGAGAUCAUUAUAUUUUCAUGUGGGAUGCUCCAUUUAAAAUACUUUUUAACAAUAAAGACUGCAAUUAGUAUGAACAAGUGUCCUUAUAACUGUUAUUUUUAAGAUCCAUAACACACAGACAGACAGAGCACUACGUAAUAUAGAGACAGACAGGUGAGAGAAUGUCCAGUUCCAUUGUCUCAAAACACCACUCACAUCUCCAGUUAUUCUGUUUCAAAUGAAAAAUAACAGCGUCAGAUCCCUUAGUAUGUAUCGUGAUCGUGAUUUAGAGAGAAUAAAAGUUAAAAAAAAAAAAAAAAAAAAAAAAAACCGUUAACUUUUACAAGUCCUAUAAAUGCACACCUUGUGUUAUAGACGCAUACCAAAUGUAUGUGUGUACUGUAUAACAUUAACAAAAAGAGCAGCUCACUACUGAAAACGGCAAAUAUAGGAGUGAGUGGGGAUCGAACCGGGGUCUCUUGAUUACAAGUCAGCAAAUCUUACCGCUGUGCCACUGAAGCUGUUGUCUCGUCCUUGAAUCUUUUGUGAACGUGUUUACUUGUUCUUUAGGCUUCAGGCUUCAUACAUUAUAUAGUUUAUGCCUACAUUUUGUC